AUGCUAUCUAUUUUAUUGUUGACAACUAUGCUUACACGAUUACAAUUCAUUUAUUGCAAUAUGACAAUGUAUAGUUCUUCACAAAUUAAGAAAAUUUACGACAAAUUUCUCAUUAAAUAUCCUCGAGAUUUUGAUAAUGAUACGAUUAGCUAUCGGGAACGCUUAAAAAUUUUCCAAGAAAAUGUGCAUCUUAUAGAGAAAUCAAAUUAUGAAAAUAGUAGCGCAAAAUAUGAAAUUACCAAAUUUGCUGAUUGGGCUGAUGAGGAACUUGAUGCGUUCUCUGGACCACUUCGUGAACCACCGGAUCGUCAUAUUUUUCGCUACCAUGGUGCUGGUUGGAUUCAUAUAGUCUCAGAUGGUUCAUCAUAUCCAUCGCAUUGGGAUUGGAGGGAGAAAGGUGGUGUAACUGCCGUAAAAAAACAAUCAUAUAAAUGUAAUUCAUGUUAUGCAUAUGCAGUAACAGCAGUGAUAGAAUCAUUGUAUGCAAUUAAAUAUCAGCAAUAUAUUUCCAUAUCGGAAUAUGAAAUGCUUGAUUGUGAUUAUAACAACAAUGGUUGUAGGAGUGGUAGUAUCAUGAAAUCACUGGCACGUGGAAAAUAUAUUGGCUUCACCCAAACGAUGAAUUAUCCUACACUAUUGGGUAACAAUUAUUUUUGCCCAGCAUAUGGUGAAAUUUUUAUUAAUAAAUUAUAUCAGAUCGAUCCAGAUCCAAACGCAAUGGCUUGGUUUGUAGCAAAUGUAGCACCGAUUGCAUUGAAUCUUGCAUUUCCGAAACGGUACAAAUUUUACAAAUCUGGAGUACUACCGGACACCGAUGAAUGUUCGACAAUGGAGCCGAACCAUGCAGCUGAAGUGAUCGGUUAUGGUACCGAAAAUGGCAAGAAAUAUUGGUUACUUAAAAACAGUUGGGGUGAAUGGUGGGGUGACCAAGGCUUCUUCAAAAUGGAACGAGGUGUCAAUGCUUGCAAAGUUGAAACCUACGUAGCAUCGGCUGGCUUAUAA